AUGACUAUUUACAAAAUCAUCUUCUACGAGGACAGGAACUUCCAGGGUCGCUCUUAUGAGUGUAUGGGCGACUGUGCUGACAUGUCCUCCUACUUGAGUCGCUGUCACUCAUGCAGAAUAGAGAGUGGCUGCUUCAUGAUGUAUGACCGUCCCAACUACAUGGGAAAUCAGUAUUUCUUUAGGAGGGGUGACUAUGCUGACUACAUGUCUAUGUUUGGAAUGAAUGACUGUAUCAGAUCUUGCCGUAUGAUCCCCAUGCACAGAGGAUCCUUCAGAAUGAGGAUUUACGAGAGGGAUAACUUUAUGGGCCAGAUGUACGAGAUGAUGGAUGAUUGUGACAACAUCAUGGACCGUUACCGCAUGUCUCACUGCCAGUCCUGUCAUGUGAUGGACGGCCACUGGCUCAUGUAUGAGCAGCCCCACUACAGAGGCAGGAUGUGGUACUUCAGGCCUGGAGAGUACAGGAGCUUCAGCAAUAUGGGUGGCAUGAGAUUCAUGAGCAUGAAGCGUAUCAAUGAUUCUUAUUUUUAAAAUGUAGAUAGCACAAAUUUUUGUGGUACUACAAUAAAGUACAGUUGAACCAGUCCCUAAAUUUAGGUUGCACUCAGUAGUUUUUUUCUCAGUAAAGUGAAAGAAAAUGACUGCUUUUGAACAAAACAAAAAGCUAUUUUGUUUAUGGAGCUCAUGGGGCCUGCCAUGUUAAGAUCACAUGACCAUUUACUCUUGCAAUUUGACAGAUCUGCAAAUAGAAAUAACAAAACAACAUUGAAUGUGCUUAGUAUGUUUCUUUGGCUAGUAUGUGCUUUACAAAACAUUAAAAGAAGCAAUUUCUGUAAACAUACUGUAGCGACAGGCAGCGCCCAACCUCUGAGCCUAGGGAAGAUGGCAGGAUGAGCAAUGUAAAACAAUGGCUAUGGUCACAGCAAAAAAAAAAAAAUCCUCUGUUGAAGACACUGCCGCUCACACUUCAAAUGCAAACAACUACCACAAAGCAAGAAAAUUUGUAGAGAUUGAAGCAAAUAAUGUUUGUAGUAUGAGAUUAAAAAAAGUGGGAAAAAAAAGAUGAUAAACUAGUAGAAGUAGAAGCAGUUAAUAAGCAAACUUCAUGCAUCAGUAGGUAUCACUAGAAAGUUAAAGGGAUAAACUGGGGUGGAAAAAGAGUAUUUGGAGUAUUUGUGUGUUUUGUGAAGUUGCACCAUAAAGCUUCUGCAGUUUAGCCAUAAGAGAUUUAAAAAAAAAAAAAAAAAAAAAAAAAAAAAGAAAAGUUGAUAUCGGUUUAGUGAAAACCACAAAUUAAAGUAUGGGGAAACAAUAUUUUGGUUGGUGUCACCAUAAAACAUGAAUGUAAUCAUAACUAAAAAUAAUUUAAGACUGAUUUCAUAAUGUUUCAAAAAUAUAGUUGCUAGGCAAAUAUUUUUACUUUAACAAGAAUAAACUGGCUAGCUGACUUAAAAUAAACUGUUAUUGUCAGUGAUGUUCGUAGGUGUGA